AUGGAUUGUUUCCGAGGCCCCAACCUCCGCCGCACCCUCAUCGCCCUCGGCGUGCAAUGCCUGCAACCCGCCCAAGGCAACUCCUACAUGACGACCUACUCCAUCGUGCUCUUCCAAGCCAUCGGCAUCGCGGACGAAUACAAAAUGCUCAUCUACCUCUACUUCGUCAACAUGAUGGCGGACGCCUGCGCCUUCAUCAUCGCGGACAAAGUCGGCCGCCGCCCGCUCAUGUUCGUCUCCUCCAUCCUCGUCGCCGCAAGCCUCUUCACCGUCGGCGGCCUGACGGGCUACGCGGACAGCGACGACCCGAUCGUGCAGCGCGGCACGCUGGCGGCCAUCUUCGUCUGGUUCUUCAUCGACUCCAUCGGCUGGGCCGGCUGCGUCUGGAUCACCUGCGCGGAGGCCCCCACGACCGCCCUGCGCGAGCGCACCAUGACCAUCGCGACGUUCUGCGGCUUCGUCGUGAACCUCAUGAUCCAGUACAUCAGUCCCUACCUCCAGAACGAGGGUUACGCGAACCUGCAGGGCAAGAUCGGGUUUGUGUGGGGCAGCUUCGCGGUCGCGGCCGCGGUGUGGGUGGCGGUGUUUUUGCCGGAGAUGAGUGGGCGGAGUUUGGAGGAGCUGGAUGAGUUGUUUGAGAAGAGGGUUAGUGUGUGGAGGUUUAGGGGGUUCAGGACGGAGGGGAUUGGGGCGGAGGUUACGGCUUUGGAGGUGGCGGGGAAGGAUGCUGUUGCUGUUGAAGGGAAGGUGUUGGUGGGGGUGGAGGUGCAGGCUGCUGGGGAGGAGAUUGAUGAGGAGGAUGGAGGGAGGAAGAAGGUGGAUGUUUGA